AUGUGUCCUGUGCGCUUUUGCUACGUGACGUGGUGCCUCUUGGGCGUCAUCUGCGCCGCCAUUGCAGUCGGCUUGCCGCUCUGGUCGAUGAGCAACCCGCCGAGCGUGACGCUCUCGGCGGCGACGCUACGCGCCCGCAUGACUGCCGGCGUCUGGGGCGUCUGCACCGAGGUGCAUAUCCUCUCGAACGCUACGUCCAUGUCGGCGGCGACGUGUUUUUCCUUUUACCACGCGUCGCGCGGCGGCUUGCUGCUCCCCAACGGCGAGAUGGUUGAGGCGCACAACGACCCGCUCUGCUCGGCGCCGCACGGCGACCUCGUCGCGUCCAUUGAGCGGCGCACGGCCGACCCGACGUUCCCAGCUUUUUUGCAGUCGUCGUGCGGGCAUCUCGGGCGUGCAACGCUCGUUUUUGCCUACUUGGCGCCGAUCGCUGGUGCCCUCGCCUUGCUCGCGCUGGCCUUUCUCUGCUGCUGCGCCACCCGACGCCCACACGUCGACACGGCGUCGCAGUGCUUGGUUGGGCUCGCAUUUCUGAGCGCGGUGCUGGCGUUUGUGCUUUGGACCCAGCAGCGUCCGACCAACAGCUACUUCGGGCCGUCCUUCUACCUCGCGAUCGCCGCGGCCGUGUGCUUCUUCUUUUCGCUCAUCAGUUGCCGCUUCCACAAGCCGGAAGCGCCGGCGCCGCCGCCCGAAGAGCCGACGACGGACCGCGACACGUACGGCCGCUCCAUGACGCCGCCCACAGACAAGCACGACAGCCGGGUGUAG